CUGAUUGCGUAGCGGGUGGGGCCGGAAGUGCUGCUCCCGGGUGGGGGCUGUUCAUGGCGGUUUCGGGGUCUCUAACAGUUCCGCAGGUUGAGGUCCGAGAACCUCCCGAAGCGGGGUCGGCGGAGCUUGAGGUUCUUGCUGGUGUGAAAUGACUGAGUACAAACUGGUGGUGGUUGGAGCAGGUGGUGUUGGGAAAAGUGCUUUGACAAUCCAGUUAAUCCAGAACCACUUUGUGGAUGAAUAUGAUCCCACCAUAGAGGAUUCUUACCGAAAACAAGUGGUAAUUGAUGGUGAGACUUGUCUGUUGGACAUACUGGACACAGCUGGACAAGAGGAGUACAGUGCCAUGAGAGACCAAUACAUGAGGACAGGAGAAGGAUUCCUCUGCGUAUUUGCCAUCAACAAUAGCAAAUCAUUUGCAGAUAUUAACCUCUACAGGGAGCAGAUUAAACGAGUGAAAGACUCUGAUGAUGUACCCAUGGUGCUGGUAGGGAACAAAUGUGACUUGCCAACAAGGACAGUUGACACAAAGCAAGCCCAUGAGCUGGCCAAGAGUUAUGGAAUUCCAUUCAUUGAAACCUCAGCCAAGACCCGACAGGGUGUGGAAGAUGCCUUUUACACACUGGUAAGGGAGAUACGCCAGUACCGAAUGAAAAAGCUCAACAGCAAUGAUGAUGGCACUCAAGGUUGUAUGGGGUUGCCCUGUGUGGUGAUGUAAUAAGACCGUUUGAUAAUUCUGCCAUCAGAAAAGAGCCACUUUCAAGCUGCACUGAUGCCCUGGUUCUGACAUCCCUGGAGGAGAUGUGUCCCUGCUGCUCUCUGCAUCUCAUCGAAGCUCCUGCUUCCUGCUUCCCUGACUCAGUAGAUGAGCAUAGUCAUCUAACCUGAGACCUCCUCAGAAUAACUACCUCCUCACUCGGCUGUCCGACCAGAGAAAUAUGCCUGUUACUCCCCAGUAGUUUUCUGAGCUGGGUUCUCUUCCUUAGAAACAAACACACCUCUGCCAGCCGGGUUUGUCCUCUGAAAAGCAAUUUACACUCUUGAUACAGAGAACCAAACUAUAGACAUUCAAUUCUGUUGACACAUUUUCUUAAGCUCUAAGGUAGCAACUGCUGGUGAUUUUUGUUUUUUUUCCCCCUCUCCUAACUGUUGAACUUGGCCUUGUUAGUUUGGGGGGGAAAUGUCAUACAUUACUGUUUUCCUAAGAAUAUAACUAAUGUUAUUGAUUGGUUGAUUUGUACUGUGAUCAGCUCUAUUCUAUAAACUGGCAUCUGCUCUGUGUUCAUAAAUGCAAACACGAAUACUGACUUGAGUCCAUCCUAGUCUUCUCAGCUGCAUGAAAUUAAAUCCAACUUUCACAGCAAAGUGCCUUUUUCCUAAAAGUGGUCUGUAGGCUUCCUUUACAACUUGUAAGUGGGAUAGAUGUUCUAAGAACCAUUAUAUAGGAAAGGAACUAUGAGCCAUCUGUCUUUGAGGGAAAGGUGUGUCCACCUAAUGGCAGAUGCCAUGUCUAUAUACAUGAAAACAGUUUCCCUGUUUGGGGUUCUCCCAAGAGAAAGAUGAUACUGAAACAAUUAUGAUUAAUCUCACUUAAUUUUCAUCUAAUUUUUUUUCUGAUAGCAUAUUACCUAUGAAUAUUUCUAAUUUCUUUUAGUUUACUGAUACUCUAGAAUUCAAUGAACUUCCAUUAUAACCAAAUUUGGGUCAUACUAGGAAACUCCAUCUCUAUAGAUAGUCAAAUACUAUAAAAAUUGGUAUGUUAUUUUAUAGCUAUGAUUACUGAUUCUUCCAAACUCAAAUACAGUUUAUUAGCAGACAGAUUAUAUCUUUGCUGCAACGUUUCUUCAUGGCAUAUAUAGAGAGAGUUGCCCUUAGUCCCCUUCUUACUCUCCCCCUUCCCUCAUCCUAUAGCAGUUUAAGCAUCCCACAGGGGCUUGAGUAAUUAUUUCAGUUGGGUAAACCAUGGUGCUAAUGGACCAAGGUCAUGGUUUCAAAACUUGAACAGCCAGUUAGCAUCACGAAAAGUUCACCCAUAUUUGCUCCCUGCCCAUUAUUUCUACUUAUAGGUUUUUGCCUGGUGCCUGCUGUUAGCGCUACAAGAAUAAAAGAGUGGUCCUAUACCAGGACUGGAAACACUUGGUGUGCUGUGGGGUAAACUUAGAAGUUUUUACAUUUUCAGACCCUUAUUUUAGCCACAUUGAAACUGAAGUCAGAGUUCAAAUCUCCGUCUCUCCCCUGUCGGCUAGCUGUUCUUUAUAUAACUUUUUUAAAGUAUUUAAAACAUGUCAAUAAGUAAGUUUUCCAAAUAACAAAAGCUGAUGUAUUCGUUUGAAUCAAGAGGGUUCCUUUGCUGUUUGAGAAAGGAAUGUAAAAUGUCAUUAAUACUUGGUAUAUAGGCUUGGUAUUUCCAUUUGCAGGUAAUUCAUUAGUGGGUUUUGUUUUUUGUGAUAAUACUUAAACUCAGCUCAAUAAUUCUAAUGAAAAAGUAAAAUUGAAUACCUUGGUUGAAAAUCCGAAACUAAUUCAAAAAUGGCCACUUUCUCUUCUGUUCUUGUAAUACCUAAAAACCUGAAAUCCUGGGGUUCCUGACCUUGCUGUGUAAUUCUGGCUGGCCUCAAACUCACAAUAGUCCUCUUGUGUCAACUUCUCAAGUGCUGGAAUUACAGGCACGUUCCACCACAUCUGGCUGAUCCUUUAUUUUCUCAUAUGAAUUUUCACUGUUAAGCAAAUUCCCUAUCACUGUGGAACUAAUUCAGAAGAGGGAAGAAGGCUUCUCAGUGCUAAUGCUGGGACCUUUCCAGUGGGGUUUGCAUUCCUAAACACUGCCUUUUAAGCAUUGCUCAGUCAUCUUCCUGAAGCUGUUGAGACCUUGGACUUGUUCUGUUUUAAUGUGUCUGUGUGACUGGUGAUGUAUACCUAAAAAGUCUAUUAAACUUAGUGUCCCUUUAGGGAGAAAGUUACUACUCUUGGCAUCUUUUGACCAUAUCCCUUUUAUGUAUAUGUCUGUAGUUGGUCUCCAGUAUGUUCUGAGCACAGUAAUAUAUAUACAAAAGAAGCCAGUUGGCUUCAUAUGCUCUUGGUAGCUUAUGUCCCACAGGGUAUGGAUUUUGUUUGGCCUAACAGUGACAAACUUAAAAGCUGAGUAGUUGGGGUGGUAUCAAAAAGUGGAUUUAGAAUGUGUGGUUACUAAAGAGAGUUCUGGUUUACCUCAGAAACGCAAAGCCUCUCUUCCUGAACUUAAGUGCCUGGCCAGCUGUCACAAAUGAACAUAUUCCUUUAAGGCAGUUAUUUUAAGCUUUGUUCACACAUUGGAAAGUAUGAAAAUGAAGUGUUCUAAGAGCUAUGAUACCUAACCUGUGUAAGCCUGUUCAAUGCUGUUUGCUCCAGCACUUACAGUGUGUGUUGGUAACACAGUACUGUGUUUACUAGUGUUCCUGUAGGAGUGCUGUGUGGGAUGUGGGAUGUGGGUGUGGUUGGUUUUAGCCAGCCACCAAAGAAUCAGCCUUUUAACUGCUGUGAACUUUCUCAUGACUUGAAUAUGGAGAUAGAUAAAAUGUUAUAAGGAGAAAUGUUUGUUUUCCUCAUUCCAGAAUGUGUGAGCUUAGUCUUACUUCCUUUGUAUUUAGUCAUAAACUCAAGCUGGCAGCUACAACCAAGGAUCAGAAAAUGGUGCGUUCUGCUUCAUGUAAUUAUCUCUGCUAAUUAUGACAAGCAGAGUUAAUAACAUUUUGCCUGGGUGAUUUCUUAAAAAAAAAAAAGAUAAUUCUUAAACAUUAGUUUUUAUUUUUGCUAUUUCUUUAAGCUGUCUGAGACAAAUUCAUUUUAAGGUGUUUGUUUUUUGUAAGAAUUGUUUUAAGAGUGUUCUCAUGAGAUUAGUUGUAGAUGUUUUUAAAAGUCUGAGUACUGCUCUAGACAAGUAUUGAACUCUGGAGAGAAGGGGGGUAGUGGGAGCUGUGUGACUUCUGUAUUUCCGUGUUGUCAAAUAAAGGUCAGAACAUCAACUGUGCACACCUGCUGUUCCAAUGCGGACUGUUGGCCUCCGUGGCUCUAAGUAAAGGGGCUCAUAUUUUAAGUUGACUGUUACGUUGUAAAUUAAUCCAUUCUAAUUUUUAAAAUCUUGAUUGACCGUUUUCCUUGUUAAAUAAUUUAAAAAAAUAAAAAACUGGAAGUUCUUUGCUUA